AUGAGUCAUCUUGCAGAAGUAUUAUUCUUCCAGAAAAUUCUGGAGAGACUAAUUGUUCUGAUACUUCUCAAGUCAUAUCAAUUCAAAAAUUUUGUCUUACUCUCAAAAACCAGAAGAUUUAAUGACUUGCCUUCUUUCGAAUGCAAUUUCUGUAGCUUGACUUACCAUACUAGCAAGCAACUUCGCAAUCACAAGCGUAUUUACAAAAUAGUUGAUGCUCCUGUUGCUAACAAGAACUUACAAGAAUCAGUUGUGCAAUCUGCUUUAGCACAAACAAAUCUAGAAGAUAUUUCAUUUGAUCCUUUCCAGUCAAGAACCUUUAAAGCAUCUUUCAACUUUGAAGCUGGUGACCAAGGACAUGUCUACAACAACAAUAUCUUUACUAACAAUAUCUUCACAACAUCCAAGCUAUUCAGUAUUUGCUUGAAUGAUCUUGUAACCAAUUUUGAGGUUUCUACAGAUCUGCAUCAUCUACUUGUAGAUCUUAUGAGCACAGUCAUUUGUGAUAAGGACAAGCUCAAAGAAGAGUAUAACUCAAAAAUCUUGCAUACCAGGCCUGUCAACACGCUCAUCAAAAGCAAGACUGACCUGAAGUCUUAUGUGUACAACAUUUGUGACAAUAUUUGCUCACUUUUUGACAUCACCAAGGAUGAAGACAAAUGCUUCAUUUUCAAGACCUGCAGAUACAAGGAGAUCAACAGUGAUUCAUCUCUGGUACCAGUAAACACCAUGAAGAUGAUUUCAUUUGGUGAACAACUAGCAAGACUUCUUGGUAACAACAAGACAAGAUCAAAGUUGCAAUACAGGGCCAACAGACAAUCCAUUUCAAAUGAAAUGUCUGAUUACUUUCACUAUGAAUGA